AUGCUUCGACGAAAUCCUACCGCAAUCACGGUGACCCCGGAAGAUAUCAUUGUCUUUGAAGAGGCUCGAUUGCGCCGGUUGGAAGAAAGCAAACAGCUCGAACAAGGCCACAAGGCCACUGUCAAUUUCGACCCCAGCGAUGAACUAAAGCCCCUCCCUGGGGACAAGGCCCGGAUUGUGCGAUCACGGGAGGAGAGAAUUGGACUGAGCCGCCGUGGAGCCAAUUGA